AUGAAUGACGAAUUAGUAAUUACCGUCAAUGAUGAAAAAAAAGAAACUAAUGAAUCAUCAAAAAAUUUUGAAGAUGUCGACAAAUCGUCUGCCCAUGAGACAACAGAAACUCACGAAACAUUUGUUGGAUUUUCCAAAGAUUUAAAAUACGUCUCACUCUACUUUCCCUAUAACGACUAUGUUCACUUUGCUGGAAAACACAUUGAUAACGUUUGUGAACAUUUAAACGAUAAUCAAUAUUACGAAAUCGAUUAUAAGAAAUUAAUUGAAGAAGAAAAACUCGAUUUUCAUGCACUUACCACACGCGUUUUCAAAUCGAUGGUAGAUUUUGUAUUUUCUGACGACUGCAAAGCUACAAUAGUAUCCGGAAAAGCUGAUUCGUCGCCUCUUAAUUGGGAUAUGGAUUUUAUAAAAAAAAAUGGCGAGGAGUUUAAAUUUAAUUUCAUUUAUCAAAUGGUAUUUUUCAAUAAAAAUUUGCUGGUUUAUGAAGAAAACAAAUUUAAAGUAUUUUCUCCUGGGGACAAUGAUGACAAAAAAUGGGUUCACACUAAAACUUUAUAUAUCCAUAGAAAAUUGAAGACUAUAGUAUUCAAAGAUACAAAAUUAUUUACAAUCGAUGAAUACGGGACGUUAACAUAUUGGAAUAAAGAAUUUAUUAAGUCUGAAAACGACUUCUAUCUACCAAAAGAUUUUGAACUUAAAUAUGUUAAGAUAGAAACCAAUAGAGACGAAAAAUUAAUACUAGUCUACAAUGAUAAUCAAAUACUUGUUUUUUCCAUGGAAUUUGGAAUUUUUUUAUCGUCAUAUGAUGAUGAGAUAGAGCACUUAUUUGUCAUCAUUGGUGGAAGUAAUGAUAAUUUCAUAUUUAUGGAACCAUCAAAUCUUAAUAAUACAAACGAUAUGACCAAGAUAUAUGAGGAAUAUUUAUCUAUCAAAACCAAUAAGUUUAAUGGAUUUCAAAUACAAGAUAAUAAACUCAUUGUGACAUCACGCUCUUAUUGUCGCGUUUAUAAUAUAUUAGAUGAGAAAAUAACAAAAAAAAUUAGUUACAAUCAUUUAAAAAGUUUUAGUUUUGUUUUUCCAUAUGUUGGUAAAGCUUUAGAUAAAUUAUUACUGGGUGAAAAUAUAGAUAGUUUCAAUAUAACAAACGAAUUAGAAUUAAAAUAUGAAAACGUGGGAUCAAUUAAAUGGAUCGUCUCUCUUUCAACUACCGAUAAUGUUUGUGUAAAUUUUAAAAUUCAGAAAGAUUCCAAAGAAGAUGUUAUAUCAUUUAAUAUUAAAACUAUAUUUUCAUAUGAAAUUUUAAAAAAUGAAGAUUUGCUUCUAAUAACAAAAAAUGAUGGCAUACAUGUAUAUUCAGUAAAUGUUUCUGGAAAUAUCUAUCAAAAAUUCAAUAGUAAUCUUUACGUUGAUGAUAAAAUACUCAAGAAAAAUAUUGAAAAAUUCACCGAGUUUGAUUUUGCCCACGUAAAACUUGGUAAUUUGGAAUUACAUAUCCAUGCAUUCAAAUACAUUUUGGAGGAUACAUUAGCAUUAGCAAAAUAUGGAGAGAAAAUAUUUAAUAGAGCGACAAAGGAGAAAGAUGGAUUCAUUGCGGAAUUAAUUUAUAAUAAAUAUAUCGAGGUUUAUAAACAAAACCCCUCCACAAAUCUACCAUUAUUGCGUGAUAUUGUGUUGCAUUUAACAGGAUUAGAUACCUUUAAUCCUGUAAUUGUGGAAAAAUUUUUGGAAACGGUUUCGAUCAGCUUGGAUCCUAAUUGCAAUAAGAUUUCUACCUCGACGGUUCCAGAAAAAAAUUACAUAUGUGACUCGGGAGCGAUUCCAUCAUUACCACCGUUCGAGUAUCCAUAUUUGACAGUAUUGAAGUUACUAUUCACGUAUCUUAUUUCGAUUUAUUUGGUAAACUUGUUUAUUGGUUUAUUAUCUAUAGCCGCUGAAGUUGAAAUGCAAUCUGACGGACUCUUUUUCGAACAAAAGGCAAAGGUGAUUAAAGACAUUGAGCUUUUUUAUUUAUUACCUCAUCAAAGGAGACGAAAGGAUUGGUUUCCUGAUUUAAUUACUUAUAAUACACCAGUUGACGAAAUUCGUCGAAAGAUUAAUGGAAUUGAUAAUAGUAAAGAACAUUCAGAAAGUAAGCCAUUCAUCUCUGAUAGGUUAAGAGAGUUGAUUAACGUGAACAAAACAAACAAGAAAAAAUAUUUGGAAGAAAAAAUCGAGGAAAAUUUAAUGGGGAUGGAAGAAGAAUUAAAACAAAAAUUGGAAGAAAGAUUUAGAAUAAUUGAAGAUAAACUUUUUUCAAAAAUAGAGGGAAAAUUAAAACAAAACAAUGAUCUUAUUUUGGAUGAAAUUCGAAAACUUUUAAAAACUUGA